AUGGAAAAAGUGGAGCCGGCGGUGAAGAAAAGGCGAUUGACGAAAAAGAAACGGAUCAAACGGAGAAAGCGAUUGGGUUUGGAUAAGGAAUCGGAAGCGAGGAAAACUCAGGAAUUUUGUCUGAAGGUUAAUGAGAGGACCCAGAAUUUGGAGGAAUUUCUAAAGUUGACGGGUCGGAAACCGGAACAACGUCUCCUGGAAAUCGGAAAUGUGGCGAAGAAUCAGCAAAAUAAGGGAAAUGAGACCACCGAUGGAACUGCUGUGAAGAUACCAAUUUGCGGAAUUGGAUUUAAUAAGAAAGCCUUUGAAUUUAAAAGACAGGAAAUCUGCCUACGAAAACUCACGGAAAUUGAACAAACUGUCAAGUAUUUUGGAUCAUCUGAUUCUCAUGGCGAUUCAGCUGUUAUUAUUUUUAUCACCCAUGGAAAUGCCAAUGGAAUACUUGGAUCUGACAAUGCAGAGUUCAAUGUGGAACAAGUUUUUUCGCUCCUCAGCCCUCAGAAUGCUCCUCGGUUGGCUGGGAAGCCGAAAAUCAUCUUCACGGAAAACUGCCGUGGUGAAAGUCAGGAUGCAGGGUACUGUGUGGUGGAGGAGCCAAGGUCAGCACACGGAUUGGUACGUUCAGGAAUGGGUUUGGUGGUGGAAAAGCAUGAAGAGAAGGUUGGCAAGACAACCAGAGCGAUCCCGAUGACGUCGGACUUUCUCCUCUGCUGCUCCACAAGCCAUGGCAACUUGGCGUUUGCAGAUGCACAAUUAGGCUCGUACCAUGUGCAACUGCUGUGCGAAACUAUUGCCAAUCGAGCUCACAAGGACGAUUUGGAGAAGAUGUUGGUGGAAAUUAGGAAGCGAAUGUCCCAAAUGGAGUUCCGAGGGAAAGGAAUUUUGAAAAAACAAAUGCCGGAGAGUAAUUCCGGUUCCAUCAAAAUCUGCAAGAUUGGAAAAAGCGAUGGCAAUGAUACAUCGUGGGAGACAACGAUUGAUAGUAUUGCCUUGUUUUUGGCGAAGAAUCACACAAAAGCCCCUCAAAUAUUCACAUAUCAAUCCGGGGAUGUUUGUGAAUUCGUGGGAAGUGUGGAUCGGGCCAAAAUGAGAGCUGACUUCAUUUUGGUUGUCAAGAAACACGACGAUCCACAACUCAAUUGUGAUCCGGAAUGGGGACGGCAAAGUUUUGCAAUUGUUAAUUUCUAUCCCGAAAAUUCGGACCUGGUAGAUGAAUUGGAUGAGGACGUUCGUUUUGUGGCAAAGAUUGCGUUCACGUCUUCUGAAACUUCAAAAGAUCCAGUUCCCGAGUGGAAGAAUCUAACAUCGGCUCAUCGUCUUCUUGCCCAGCUGACCCCACACUUUAUGUCUUCACAGAGUCGGAUUCCAGAUGAAUAUCCUUUUAAAGCUGAAAGAGAGGAGCGUAUGAAGCGUCGGACACUGAAAGCUGUCAUUGCUCUAAUGGGGCUUGCCGUGUGCUCUUUGCUAGUUAUCAUGUUCCUGGGAAGCUUGUCAAGAUACAACGAAUCUAAAAAACUGAAGGAACAAGAAUUGGAAAAGAAGAAGAAACAUGAGGAACAGGCGGAACCAACUCAACCCAAAAGCAAUCAUGGAGAGAAAUCGGAGAAAUCUGAGAAGAAGUCAGAGAAAAAAUCCGGAAAGGACAAAUCCGAGAAGCCAAAUGUGAAAUCUUCAAAAUCGGCGAAAUCCGAGGAAUCGAAGUCUUCGAAAUCCUCGAAAAAGGACGAGCCGAAAAAGGGUAAUGAGGAAGAACCCUUGCUUGACAAGUCCAAGAAGGAUUAG